AUGACCUCGACCCCUCAACCUACAAUAUCAGAUGAUCUACUCAUCCGUCGACAACAGCCUCCAAGACCGAAACGAUCUUGCCCGUAUCUAUCGGUGCAAGCCCCAACAGAGCCAACGCGAGUGGCACCCUCAGCCAGUAUCACAUCGGGGACCCCUACAUCCGCAAGCGGCACCCUCGACCAGUACCUUGUCGGCGAGCACUUCGAGGCCCACAUCCAGAAACCAAUGGAAACGGUUUGCUCGAUAUGCAUCAUGGCAAAAGGCAAGCCGAUGAGAUAUCGCAUGCGAGCACCCCACGGUCGGCACAGAUGUGCGCGUACUCAUGGAAGGCAUGCCGAUGAGAUUUCGGAUGCUAGGGCAAUGGAGCGCCAAUCCGAGAGAUACGAUCUCCUCGGAACAGACCGAGAGCGGUCGGCCAUCGGAUCUGGUCUGAUGCGGUUGACGAGAACUCCGGCUCUGGCCGAGAACUCUACAUGGGACUAUGUUCAGCCAGAAGACAGUCCGGCCAGUGUCAUUCCCAUCAGUUCCAAAUGGGUCUUCAAGACCAAGGAACUUCACGGAGCUCCCCGCCUUUGGUAUCAGCAUAUUGACGAGUUCCUCAGAUCUCUUGGCCAUUGCCGGUACGAGUAUUAUGACCCGAAUGUCUAUAUUAGUUUUCAAGACGAUGCACCACCGAUAAUCCUACUCCCAUACGACGACGAUAUCGGAUGCUUCCUCAGAAUUGAAAUUGAGUGA